AUGACAUAUGAAAUCUUGGUUUUGAUAGAUUUCCAGAAGAAGCAGCCAGACGAUGACUCUACUCCCAGCACAAGCAACAGCCAGUCAGAUUUGUUCUCUGGAGAAACAAACAGUGACAACAGCAAUACCUCUCUAACCACGCAGGCCGCUAACUCCAACCAGCAACUUUUGACAGAACUGAAUGUAACUUCACCGAGCAAAGAGGAAUGUGGGCCAUGCACAAGUACAGCUCAUGCCUCGUUAACCACACCAACCAAAAGAUCUUGCAACUCAGAUUCACAGUCGGAGAGUGAGGCUUCUCCUGUGAAACAGCCACGGCUACUGGAUGACAGUAAUGACAGGCCUGAAGAAACCAGUCGAUCCAAACAGAAGAGUAGACGCCGAUGCUUCCAGUGCCAAACAAAACUGGAGCUAGUACAGCAGGAACUGGGAUCGUGUCGCUGUGGCUACGUGUUCUGCAUGUUACAUCGCCUGCCCGAACAACACGACUGCACAUUUGACCACAUGGGACGUGGGCGCGAGGAAGCCAUUAUGAAAAUGGUGAAACUGGAUCGGAAAGUAGGGAGAUCUUGCCAACGCAUUGGCGAAGGAUGUUCCUGAGUGCAAGACUGCAACCAAAAUGCUGUUCUCUUAGUUCACUAAUGUUAGCCUUAUUUAGGACAAAGUCAGCCAGACACCUUGUACUAGGCAAGUUUCAGACUACAGCCAAUCAGUUUCCUUUCUUUAGCCAACCAUCCUGGUACUGUAGUUUAGGGGUUGAUGGUGGUUGACAUUGAUUUCUGGCUGGUUACUGAGGUGCCUGCUAGCCACCGUAUAAAAAUAAACCAUGGAGAAAUAAUUAUUUUUGAGCAUGGCUAGUGGAUUUAAACGAAACAAGAAAAAUCCAAAGGCUUCUGUUAUUGCUGGAGUCACUCUAAAAGCCUUACGCUGGAAACAUUCCAGCUGCAGAGUUAAAACAAGUAGUUGAAUAGAAGCUGGUGUAAGAGUUUGCUAUGCACACGGCUUUCGGACAAACUGUUUGAUGUGCAGCCUUUCACCUCGUCACUGCUAGUGAAUCCUGAGGGGGUGAAAUACUACCAAGAGCAGCAACUGCAGCUUCUUCAGCCCAGAAGACCUGACUGGUCACUCGUGCCUUCAUCGCGUGUGGCUUUUGAGUUGGGCACUGUCACCAGCAUCAGGGAUUCUGUUCGGGUAGGAACACCUUUCUGGUUCUUCCCAGGAAGCCAAAAAGAAAGGGGGACAGAGAUUCUUAUGAAAAAUUUUUAUAUCUAUCUUACUAUAAGGAACCUAUCAGGGUUUGGUUUUGGGUUGUUUUUUUUGCUUUUUUCCUUUCUUCUCAGUUAAAUUAUGCUCUCCCUUGAAAGCCCACUCCAUCCCAGAGCAGUAAGCAGUGCAUACUUUUUACGUGGCGUCCACGGAGAUUCUGCACGUUGUGCGAACAGAUUCCACGUGUGCAGCCAUUCCCACCAGCCAAAACCCGAUUGGCUCUUGUUUGCCUUUUGCUAAGUGCAGGUAUCUGAUAAUUGAUCAAAUAAGGCUAAUUCACAGCACAGUAGCCAUGGCUGGAUUCUACAGACUGACUUUCUGUAGCUAGACUUAUAUAUUGGGGGGGUGGGGAGGGGAAAGGACAUUUUGUAGCAAACGGAAUUCAGUAACAGUAUUGGGGAACAACCGGUGAAACGCCCUUUACCAGACUGAAUUUGUGUUCCUCGCUUCCCGAGCGUCAGUGAGGUAACGGGAUGGGCUCCGUCAGCCCCGCGCCUGUGCAGCGGAACGCGCUCCUGAAAAAUCUCUGCC